UUUUCAUGGUAGUUAUUGAGCCUGUAUGUCACAGUCACACAAUAGCAGCAUCAUUUGGUUAACUUCUACAAUAUAAUAGAUUUCAGGCAUUCACAGCUUACAUUUUGAAAUGCAUUUAGUCUUAUUUUACUGUUAAAUGAACCUUGUAUUGUUAUACAUUUUCGUCAGUUUGUAAUUUUUCUCAGGUGAGCUUAAAGCGGUGGUCACCAAGCUUUUCUGAGUCAAAAUGCAAGCCGAGAUCUACCGCUCACAUGUAUUGUUGUUCAGACCAUUUAAAAACAUGAUACUGAUGGUCAGUCACAGGGUCCACCUCUCAACGUCCCUCCGCUCUCCCUUUCCUCCACUGACACUGUCUUCCAGCUGAUGGCGAAACUCGAGUCGCCUCAUGCACAAAUUCAUGAUACACUUUCCUACUCCUUCAUUACAGUUGGUAGGUAGGAAGAAGUAGGAAGUAGGAAGAAUGCACAUUUUAUGGCUUAUAAAAGUGUUGAAUAAAAAGUGUUGACAGUGCUGAAUAAGUACUUAAACAUAAACUCACUUUUAUAAACAGUCUCUGACAGUUUCUCUCUAGUCAUGGUUUUAAAUGUUUUGAAAUCUCACAGUAUCAACUUUGCUGUACCUUUCUUUUACGCCUGCUAUGUUAAUGCGGACACAGUAAUCUUAGCCAUCCGAUUAGCCAGCGGUCGGCAUUUAGUGCACUUGAUUUGUACCUUCAGACACAUGAAAUCUAGAUCGACCGGUACCACUGGCUUAAAGGGUGCAGUAGCACAAAAUGUAAACGGCAAUAAAGAAAUGUUGUUCUAUAUCAUCAACACUAGCGUUGCAUAAUAUUGUAGUCUAUAGCAGCGGUCCCAAACCACCGGGCCGCGGACAUUCGCUACCGUGCCACACGGAAAGGAUAAAUAUUAUUAUUUUUCUUUAUUUUUUUGGGUAAAAUAAUAAUUCUAUACAAUUAUAGGCUAUUUGUGCAGUAAUUACAUUGAACUUGGUGCAGUCUGUUGGUCUCUUUCUCACCACUCUAAUAUCUCUGUCAGGCCCACAACAGUUUACAGACUUUGAACUUGAGUAAUACGUGCGCAGCGAGUUCAUCACGGUCUGCGUGAGCUGUGUUGCCCGACAACUUUGUACUAUGUUAGCUGACAUGAAUAAAAACAAACAAACAUAGCUGGAGAGCUUCUUCAGAAGGUGUAAGGGAGAUAAAAGGCCCAACGACGUUGUUGGUAAUGCAGACAGCGGUGUCCGAGACUGCAAAUUUUUUUUUGCCUCAUUCAAUAGAAAAUAUGAUGUUCUACCUAAAAUAUGGCUUUAUUGUGUCAGGUGACUUGCAUGUUCCAAGCCCCCUGUGCGUAGUAUGUGGAGAUAGGCUAUCUAACGAGGCAAUGAAGCCCUCAAAUCUGCUUUGGCACAUCUAAACCAAGCACCCUACACUUAAAGACAAACCUGUUAAAUUCUUUGAGCGAAGAAAACGUGAACAUGAAGGACAGAAGUAAGUCUUGAAAGCCACCACAUCAACAAACGUGGCUGCACUGAGAGCGUCAUACUUAGUGGCUAGCCGUAUUGCUAAAGGCCAAGAAGCCUUUCACUAUUGGCGAGGAGUUAAUAAUCGAUCAAAUUGUAGACGGGGCAAUCUGUAUUCAAUACAGCAAGUAAACAAACCAUGCUCCUUUUUACGUCUUGCGCAACUCUCAAUAGUGUAACGUUGUUCCAGGAUGUUCUUAUUCUUCGUUGCACAAAUAAAUAACCUCAACCAAAUUCCAAAGACUGGUGACAUCCAGUGGAAGUGGUAGGAACUGAAAAAUGGUUCCUAUCAAAUAUCCCUUGGCAAAGACAACUGAGGGAGCAGUCAGAGGCAAAAAAAAGUUAGUCCUCAGGGUUUUGCCUGCUACAUAAGUUCUGUUAUACUCACAGACAUGAUUAAAAUAGUUUUAGAAACUUCAGAGUGUUUCCUAUCCACAUCUACUAAUAAUAUGCAUAUCUUAUAUUCCUGGCAUGAGUAGCAGGAAGUUGAAAUUGGGCGCGCUAUUUAUCCAAAAGUGAAAAUGCUGCCCCCUAUACCUUAAAAUGUUAUAUAUACCUUAAACUAUCCUGUUAGUUGUUAUUCGUACAAGCCAUCCGUCCUACCUAACAACACCCAUUUAGUAUCCCGGCUUAAUAACUCGGGCAAACGGACCUCUGUUAUUAAGUUUAGUUUAUUUCUGGUAGCGCACCUGACCGUAGGUCUUCGCUGACCUAUUCCUACUGUGUAUACAAAACCCUGUGUAUAUUGGUCAUACAAAACCUUGUUAAUCUGUUUGGAGUAAUGAAGCUCCUAUAAUUGAUCAAUUAAAAAAAAAUGUAGAACAUUAAUUCAAAGAUAACUUUCAUCGUUCCCCCCAAAUUCGAGAAUAAAGGCUACUGACCUUGUCACUGACUGGGAAAAGCAAUGUUCGUUGGAUCUAGUCACCGUCCCUAUCGGUCUGGGGUGUAUAGAGCCUCAAUGUCAGGGGACAGGACUUUGUUAUACGGGACGUCCGUGCACGGUUCUCGGCUUAUUACCUUCAGAUGACAGGGACAGGUAUUUAGAUCCGGCUCGAAGGACCAAUUGUUAAAGGAAUUAGAUUCCUAUAUGAUUAUCAACCAAUUCAGUUAAAACACUCUGCCCAUUUAUAAGAAUUUGUAAGAUACUUAUUUGCAUAAAAUAGACAGAGACCUGUCUCAAAUUCAAUCAAAAGCGUUUAUUCUCGAGAGUACUGAUCAUGGUACAAUUUACAACAGGUUAUAAACUAAAAAUGAUGUCAUAGGUUUUAAGCUAUCCUUCCUCCACUCCGAUACAAUGGCAGUAUAGUUCACAAGCCUUCCCACAUCGUCCACCACCUGUUAAAUAAUUUACUACUAGCCCAGGGUCUCUCCUCUCCCUGUGUAGAGAUAAGAUGUCCCGUAAGGAACACAGCAUUCCAGCCAGUCUGACGAUAGCUCCAUUCGUUUCUAACAAGGAACAGACAGUCCUUCUAAUUCUGGACGAAAACUACACACAUUCAGUAUUAUGAUUAUAAUAAGAUUCAUACAUCCAUACAGUAACAUAGUAGUAUUCUGUUUAGUCAUUGGAGUCACCUGGGCUCAAAGUAUUUAAGAUCCAGACUGGCCGUGAUUGGGAGUCCCAUAGGCCUAACACAAGGGUUCCCAGGAGAGGAUCUACCAGGGCCUAAGGAUGACAUGGGUUCAAGGUUCAAAGGUGACAAGGUAUGUUGACCCUAACCCUGACCUUAACCUAAACCACCUCAAGAUGUGAGGUAUUGAAGUGCUGUGUGUCUAUGGUGAUGAUGGUCAUGAAAACAUGGAGUACAGUAGGGCAAGAGUUCUCAAAGUGGGGUAAGUUCUCAAAGUGGGGUAAGUCCGUCGACAGAAUUGUCUCUCUGCCCCAAGUCUAAAUUUGUAGAAUAGCAGGAAAUGUGCUUUACAAUGUGAAAAUGGUCUCUCUGAUGCCUUUUAAAUGUUCAGUCCCGGGGACUGAGACUUGAUAAGUCCGGCCAUGCACUGCAGAAGUCAUAGUAAAACCUCUUGAAUGCCAUUUUUAUCACACUGUAGUAGGAGUUGUGUUCUGAUAUUAUGACAGGGUCCUUGAUGAGAUUGCUAUCAUAAAUGGGGUCCCGACGCAAAAAAUGUUUGGGAACCCCUGCACUAAGGGAUUACCUCUUAUCCCCUGAUCCUCUAACUUCUGACCUCCAGGGAAACACAAGAGCCCCAGGGUUCCCAGGAUUGAUGGGUUUUCCUGACCGCGGCAGCUUUCCAAUCUUUGGGGUUUUCAGAUGAUACGAAAGAGAGGUUGAACAGGCUAGUAAUAGGGGUUGCAACAAUUGUGGCGGAUAAUUUUUGAAAGAGAGGGUCCAGGUCCUCUAAUCAGGGACUGAUUCAGUUGUCUUCUCUACAGGGUGACCAGGGCUUCCCAGGGCAGCACGGAACACACAGGGAGAGAGAGAAGUCGUGGAGCCAGGGCCAAAGGGUGAACCAGGACCUGACGGAUCCUCUGGGAUACCUGGUAUACUUGGGGAAGAUGGAGGGGUCGAACCUAAGGGUGAGAUUGGUUUGCCGGGACUGCGAGGGACAGAGGGUGCCUGGGAAAGGAAUUCCUGGAGAAAAGAUAUUAUCAAUAAAUCCAUUCCAAUAAGGCAUGACAUAAGGACAUACAACAUCCUGCUGAAACAAGGGUUCUGUGGGCCAGCCAGGUCCACCAGGUAUCCCAGGAGCCCAAGGGGGAGCCUGGGUUCCAGGAGCCAAUGGGCCCUCGGGGGCCUCCAGGGGAUGGCUUUCCAGGAGAAAAGGGGGAUUGGUGGAGACUGUGGGUGGAAGGGAGAAUUUGGAGAGCCAGGGUCUGUAGGACACAUGGGGAAAUCUGGUGAGAAGGGGGAACCUGGCCUGACAAGAGAGGAUGUCAUCAAAAUGAUCAGGGACAUUUGUGGCUGUGGUCUGAAGUGCAGAGAGAGUCCUCUAGAGCUGGCGUUUGUGAUUGACAGCUCAGAGAGCGUUGGACCGGAGAACUUUGAGGUGGUCAAGGACUUUGUGAACGCUCUGAUUGACCGUGUGUCUGUGAACUGUGAGGCCAGCAGGAUCAGUGUGAUCCUCUACAGUCAUUUGGACAUGGUGGUGGUCAAUGUGAAGCAGCAGUCCAGCCAGAACGAUGUUAAGAUGCUAUACCUGGGCGAGGGCACCUUUAUGGGUAGUGCCAUCUUGAGAGCCAACCAGCUGUUCCAGGCCUGUUUGUCAUCAGAGUGGUAAAUAAGAAAGACCCGCUGUACGCAGAAUUCCAGGCUGACAUGAUUGCUAUCACCUCUGGCCCAGAUGAGGAGCAUGUGUACCUGAUUGACGACUUCAUGAGGCUGCCCACUAUGUGGUUCUAGAUCAAGUUCAAGACUCUAGAUCAAGUUCAAGACUAGAUGCUAGACUGCCUAGUAUAUGGUUCUAGUUGAGUUUUAUUUACACUGACACUCAUAGCAGUCAAUACAACAUGGAAUCCAUGCAAAUAACAUAGGCCUAAAUACAUUGAUAAAAUAACUACCAGAACUUAAUAGCUUGAAAUUAGCUUGAGGUUGAUGACAGUCUGUGUUAAACUGUGUAUCUUGGCACAGCCCUGGAGAGUACGCUGCUGUUUAUCUUAUCUGUACAUGGAUUUCUUCACACAUUCCAUACACCCACUAUAAAUGUUUCGUCCAUGGUAGGCUCAGAUCUGUUUCCUUGUUCAGAUUACAUCAUAAUGUUACAAAACCAGUUCUCACAACCAGUUCUCGCAAGUAACAGACAGUUGUGCUUUGUUGAAAGAGAGUUGGGCCUUGUGCAACGCCUGCACAUUUCCCAAUGUUGGUGUCAGAGGGAUGCACUGAGGACAUGGGCUCCUGUCUAUCUAUGGCUGCAUCCCAACUCUCCCAAGGAUGUGGAGUGUGUAAGUGCAUACUUUGGGAUAAGGGUGGAGAAUCGGGACACAUCCUCUCUAUCAGUUACAGUUUGACCAAAGAUCAGGUGAACAACAGCACUGCUACACUGAUGCUCCAGAGAGGACCUGUAUACUCUAUUUCUCUAUUGUGUUCUUUAUGUAGUCUGUGAACUACCCCCUGUACUGUACAAAUAUUCAACCUCUUUAUAUUUUUUAUAUUUUCACACACCCUUGUUUUUACUCAUUGUGUUGCUUCAAAUAAUGGUCCAUUAAAAGACACCUUAACUUCCAAACCAAAAA